UGCUGACCUAUCCUGUCCCCAUGCCGCUCUGACGCAUCCCAUCGUCCUUCUCCUCAUGCAUUGUGUGACCCCCCCUCCUCGGCGGAAUUAAACAAAACUCCUCCGUCCAUUUAUUAAUCCCAAAUGCUGUCCGUUUCGUCCACUCCUCUCUCUUAAUCCCGUGUUUGCAAUCCGGUUCAUACCAGUGAACCCUCUUUAAUUCCUUGGGAAGGACUCUCACAUCCCCCAACUCACCCUGUACCUUCACCCUAUCCCCUGUCGUCCAUCGCUUGCGAGGCCGGUAUCCUGAGUCCUAAGGCGACGAGGAGUGAAGAAGCCGCGUUAGUUCGUCCCAAUCGCCCUGCCCAACAGAGCGUUCCCAAUGGCUGUCUUCAGAGUCCGCGUAGCAGUAGCGCUACUUCAGUUGGCGUCGGUCGCUCUCGCUCACGGCGAUGACCACACGGAAGCCAAAGCCGGCGUCAGCCACGGUGACAUGUCCAACAUGCCUCAAGAGCAUAGCCAGAACCAAACAAGUGGAAAGGAGAUCAACAACUUCGAUGCUCCGAGUUACUAUGGACUGGAAUCACAUAGUAACUUGAUGCUGGCUCACAUCGUCCUUAUGGUCAGCGCCUGGUUCUUCGUCCUCCCAUUUGGUGUUGUCUUCAGUGUCGCAAAAUCGAGAUUUGCCCUUCCUACCCAAUUCGUGUUUCUCGUCCUUAACGGCCUGGGUGUAUUGUUUGGUACCGUGUACAACGUCAACACGCCAGACCUGUAUGUGAAUAAUGCCCACCACAAGAUGGGCUGGAUAGCAACCUGGGUCAUGACUGCUCAGGUCGUCAUGGGCCUGCUCUUCACCUACGCAGGCCGUGGCCAAAAAGCUUCAGGGUCUGCAAGCGAGCGAGAGGUCUUUUUGCCUGGUUCCGUGGCAAGCGCAAAGCACUACACUGUCCGGCCCUAUGCCGACCAUCGUUGGUCAGGGGACAGUGGCCAGGGCACUGAGUGCUCUUCAAAUUCGAACAGCAGAGAUGUUUCUCCAACGGACCGGUACCGUAGAGAUACUUUUGAUGACUUUGAGAAGCCCGAACCAAUAGAUCCUGAAGAUGAUGACGCCUCAUCGCAUUCGGACUCACCUCGAUUGACAUCUCGGGCUAGCUGGUUUCGCUUUGCGCCCGCCGAUAAGUGGCUCUCUGCGCGCAUGCCCAACAUGCUUUCGAAGAAGGCCCUUUCCCUCUUGAACUUUGGCUAUGACGCCGUGGACCGGAUCAUCCUCCCAUUUGGCUUCGUCGUGCUCACCUCUGGAGGAGUUACCUAUGCUGGCAUAUUCCGUGGCGAAAACAUCUUUGGCGGUCUGGCGCACUUUAUAAAAGGGGGGAUCUUUUUCUGGUAUGGCUUGUUGACUCUGGGUCGGUGGAUGGGCUGCUUCGCUGAACUUGGCUGGGCCUGGAAUGUCAAGCCAGGCCGUCACGAAGUCAGCCAGUGGAAGUUCAGCAUGCCAUCGGCAGAAUUCGUCGAGUCCUCGGUCAUUUUUGUGUACGGAUGCACAAAUGUUUUCCUUGAACAUCUGGCGGCCUGGGGAGACGCGUGGACCGCUCAGGACCUCGAACAUGUGUCUAUCUCCAUCAUGUUCUUCGGUGGUGGCUUGUGUGGUAUGCUUGUCGAGUCCAAAGCCGUUCGACGAUGCCUCAAUUUUUCAGUGGAAACCUUACCUGCUCAGUACAACGUCGAGGCCAGCGAGGCUCAUGAGUUGCGACCACAACCCCGAACAUAUGGCACAUCUCUCAACCCAUUGCCUGCGCUGAUUAUCAUGCUGUUGGGGAUCAUGAUGUCGGCACAUCACCAAAGCUCCGUGGUUUCGACCAUGGUCCACAAGCAAUGGGGCAACCUGCUGGUGGGUUUCUCCUUUGCUCGUAUGGCAACCUACCUCCUCACCUAUAUCUCACCGCCGACCUCCCUCUAUGCCUCCCGCCCACCGACCGAGCUCGUCUCUGCGUUCUGUUUGAUCUCUGGUGGACUCGUCUUCAUGGCCAGCAACAAAGACAUUGUCCAUUAUAUUGAGAGCGCAGACCUGAUGGCCAUGUUUGUUUUCACCGUGGUAAUGGGGUUGACGGCAUUCAUCAUGUCCUACGAGAUCAUUGUGCUCAGCCUGAAAGGCUGGGCCGCACGAAAGGAGCAAAAGGCUGCUCCAAGUGCGAUCCCGCAGUAAAAUGAAGCUUGAUGAGAUGAACUUGGAUAAGAGGAGGAAAUGACACACAUGGAUAUUCUCGCCAUCAUUCUACCGUGUGGCCUGCGUCAUGGUUGCGCCGCCGCAACGGCAAGACAGUUGUUAACGACAUUUUUCUCGUUGCUUCACAGAGCAACUGUACGCCAUGCCUUUCUUUGCACGAUACCCAGAGGCGUCGGUUCUCCUCAACUCUGCAUGAUACCCUUGGUUGGAUCUGGUCACUUUUCAUUCAUAGACAGUAAUGUUAAUAGUCUGAACAAUGC